CCUGUCGUAUUAACAGUUUCCUUGCCCAUUUGGACAUUAGGAUUGAAGGUUGGUCCGGGAACUAAUUGGUUGCUCUGCCUAGAAAAUGAGGGCAAAGGUGAGAGGAAGCAACGCAACGCUGGUUCAACAGCAGACGAGGAGGACGAACACUUGAUUUCCGAUGUGAUUGACUGAUAAGCCGUCAGCUUACAACGACAUGACCACCAGCGCCAGCCCCUUGCACCCAUACUGGCCUCGGCACCUAAGGCUGGACAAGUUUGUGCCUAAUGACUGCCCCGCCUGGCAUCUCCUGGCCGGCCUCUUCUCUGUCUCUGGGGUCUUAGUUGUCACCACGUGGCUGUUGUCAGGUCGUGCUGCAGUCGUCCCACUGGGGAUUUGGCGGCGACUGUCCCUGUGCUGGUUUGCAGUCUGUGGGUUCAUUCACCUGGUGAUUGAGGGCUGGUUCAGCCUCUACCACGAGGACCUUCUUGGAGACCAAGCCUUCUUGUCCCAACUCUGGAAAGAGUAUGCCAAGGGGGACAGCCGAUACAUCCUGAAUGACAACUUCACGGUAUGCAUGGAGACCAUCACAGCUUGCCUUUGGGGACCCCUCAGCCUAUGGGUGGUAAUUGCCUUUCUCCGCCAGCAGCCCCUCCGCUUUGUCCUACAGCUCGUGGUCUCUGUGGGUCAAAUCUACGGGGAUGUGCUCUAUUUCCUGACAGAGCAACGUGACGGAUUCCAGCAUGGAGAGCUGGGCCACCCGCUCUAUUUCUGGUUUUACUUUGUUUUCAUGAACAGCCUGUGGCUGGUGCUGCCAGGAAUCCUUGUGCUUGACUCCAUGAAGCAGCUCUCUCUUGCCCAGAGCACACUGGACACCAAAGCCACAAAAGCCAAGAGCAAACAGAACUAAUGAGUGAUGGACUGGGCUUCAACGCUGGCUCAUGAGCAACUCUCUACCUGCCAGAAGAGUCCAAUCCUUGCUCUCACGGGUUGGAGGGACAAAGUGAAUUGAUCUGUCAAACUCAAGCUGAUUGGGUGGGCGCCAAAAGGGACAGAGACAGGAGGAAGAAAGGAGCUGUAUGGAGCUACUGCCAGGAGCUGUUGGAACAAAGGUACAAGAGAACACAGGAGGUUUAAAAUCAGGAAAUAAAAGAUCUUGACCCUAA